AUGUGCAAGUCGAAGAAAGUCCGCUGCGAUGGGGGGACGCCAUGUAGAUAUUGUAACUUGCAUAAUCUGCAGUGCGAGUACCAGCUCUCGAAGAAGCAGCAGACCUCCAAUAAGCCUCCGAUGGCUUCAACAGCCGAGGACGUUUCAGCAGUGCCGUCGCCGGCAGAAAACAACGACGCUGGAGUCACUACCCUCGUUUCCUCGCCGAAUGACAUACAGAUACUGCCAGAAUUAACAGCCACACGACUUGGAGCAGCCAACCGUGUUUCCGGAAAUGCAGGCAGUAGUCUCCAGGAGAUGAUGUUUGCCGCAAAUGACCGGCAUAUCAUGCCGGUCAUGUUUGAUGGGUAUGCUCACGACGAUUUCUCGGCCACAUCUAUCGAGUGGUUUGGCAGUGACAGUCAGGCAGCACCGUUCUCUGUCGACAUGAGCAAUAUGAGCGGGCUGGGAAAGCUACCUUGGUCACCCCCGAACACCAACUAUUCGGAAACCAAUUUUGACAUCCCUUAUCCAAUCGAACAUACUACCGAUGCAUCAGCAAAUCUGCCUUCAACCUCGCAAUUCGAGCUGAAUUUGCCAUUGUCUCCGACUGGACCAAUGAGGGACAUUUAUGAUGAGAAAAUGUGGGAAGAAGUUAGUCCAAAGAUUGCAGUGAGGAAUCUUCCAGGGACGGUAGAUGCUACUCUGCUUCUAAGACAAUUGCUAAUGCGUCAGCGCCUCGGAAAUCUAAGCCCGACUCAACAAGACGAAGUAGAUGGAAUUUUCAGACGACUCUCUGACGCUCAGUCUCAGAUGUCAUAUGGCCUCGGCAGUGAGCAAUAUGACUCCACCCAGUCACGCUGGUAUUGGAGCGACACAGCAUUGAUGGAAAAGUACAAGUCCGCUUGUUUUGAAGAACCCCUUGGCAUUCCCACUUUUUUGACGAGAUCACAUUUCGACAAUUAUGUUCAACAAGCAAGGGACUCGCCAUCCAUUGAGGGCUUAGCUGUGAUACCACUGAUUGAUUCAGUUAUGGCUUUCGGCUUUCAAGCCCUGGCCGCAAGAUCACUUCCCUCUGCAGGUUCUGAGGUGAGCAAGAAGGCGAUCUCUCGAUUAAGAAUGGCAUUAAGCUCUCGCGAUGCCGUGCAGCGGUCGCCCGACACACUCCUGAAGAUGCAGACGAUUCUAGCAAUGAUGACAAUUUCUGAGCAAAUCGAUGACAAAAUCCACACUGAACUUUUGUCAUACGCAGUCAGCUGUGCCAGAUCCCGAAGGUUUAUGAAUCGUGACUCGGUAUACAUGACCAUGGCAAAAGAGGAAGAAUACCUUGCAAGGAGAAGUCUAUGGUACCUCUACUCGAUGGAAGUCGUCCAUUCCAUACGCCAUGGAAUGCCACCGAUCCUCACCCCCGACUGGACCGACUAUGCGCUACCCAAAGUCGGCAAGGAUACCGAUUGGCUGCUCAUCCAAUGUCAACAUGCCAACGCUCUCAGCUCAGCGGUCAAUACGCUCUACAGUUCAAGGGCUCUUUGCCAAACUGUGGCCGAGCGAGAACGAAAUCUGAUGCAGGCACACAAGGCCCUCGAAAGCUGGAGAACAGGUCUUCCAAUACAUCUGCAGAAUAUCCAUCGGCACGAAACGGGGUAUGUCACCCUCGACGACCAGAAGACGCGCCAUUUGACCUUGACCAUGGUUCGCAAAUAUCAUGAGGCCAUAUUUAUCAUUUUCUUCCCAUGGACCGGAAGCCAGUCCAAAGGACUAAUCUCCGAACACUAUCGCAAGAAGAGCAUGGAACUUUGCGUAAAAUCAGCCCAAGCCGUGUUAGCCAUCGCGGCUCGAAUCGCAAGCUGUGACAUACUGGGCGGCGAGCUUAUCAACCUGAUCGCAGUGUCGAUCUGUGUGACUUUCUUGGAUAUUGUGAGUAGCGGUUCCAAGAAAAGCUUGCCAUACUUAACCGAUGCUCUCAAGCUUACGCAGCUCGCUCAAAAGUCUGGAAACUUUGAUGGGCCGAGAUUCGAAAGAUCAGACUGA